AGCCUUUAUGCUGAGCUGCAACUUUCCCCGCCGUCCUGACUCUGGGGAUGUCACAGUGAUGGACCUGCACUCAGGUGGGGUGGCCCACUUCCACUGCCACCUGGGCUAUGAGCUGCAGGGCGCCCAGACACUGACCUGCAUCAAUGCCUCCAAGCCCCACUGGAGCAGCCAGGAGCCCAUCUGCUCAGCCCCUUGUGGAGGGGCUGUGUACAACGCCACCAUCGGCCGUGUCCUCUCCCCAAGUUACCCUGGAAAUGCCAAUGGGAGUCAAUUCUGCGUGUGGACGAUCGAAGCUCCAGAAGGCCAGAAGUUGCAUCUGCACUUUGAGAGGCUGUUGCUGCAUGAGAAGGACAGGAUGAUGGUCCACAGCGGGCAGACCAACAAGUCCACUCUUCUCUAUGACUCUCUUCAAACCGAGAGUGUCCCCUUCGAGGGCCUGCUGAGCGAAAGCAACACCAUCCGCAUCGAGUUCACAUCUGACCAGGCCCGGGCAGCCUCAGCCUUCAACAUCCGAUUUGAGGCCUUUGAAAAAGGCCACUGCUAUGAGCCCUACAUUCAGAAUGGGAACUUCACCACAUCCGACCCGACCUAUAACAUUGGGACCAUAGUGGAAUUCAUCUGCGACCCUGGCCACUCCCUGGAGCAGGGCCCGGCCAUCAUCGAGUGCAUCAAUGUGCGGGACCCAUACUGGAACGACACGGAGCCCCUGUGCAGAGCCAUGUGUGGUGGAGAACUUUCUGCUGUGGCUGGAGUGGUGCUGUCCCCAAAUUGGCCAGAGCCCUAUGUGGAAGGUGAAGAUUGUAUCUGGAAGAUCCACGUGGGGGAAGAGAAACGGAUCUUCUUAGAUAUCCAGUUCUUGAACCUGAGCAACAGUGACAUCUUGACCAUCUAUGACGGAGACGAGGUCAUGCCCCACAUCUUGGGGCAGUACCUUGGGAACAGUGGCCCUCAAAAGCUGUACUCCUCCACGCCUGACCUAACCAUCCAGUUCCACUCAGACCCUGCUGGCCUCAUCUUUGGAAAGGGCCAGGGAUUUAUCAUGAACUACAUAGAGGUGUCAAGGAAUGACUCCUGCUCAGAUUUGCCUGAGAUCCAGAAUGGCUGGAAAACCACUUCUCACACAGAGCUUGUGAGGGGGGCCAGAAUCACCUAUCAGUGUGAUCCCGGCUACGACAUCGUGGGGAGUGACACACUCACCUGCCAGUGGGACCUCAGCUGGAGCAGCGACCCCCCAUUUUGUGAGAAAAUUAUGUACUGCACUGACCCCGGAGAGGUGGACCACUCAACCCGCCUAAUUUCGGAUCCUGUGCUGCUGGUGGGCACCACUAUCCAGUACACCUGCAACCCUGGUUUUGUGCUUGAAGGGAGUUCCCUUCUGACCUGCUACAGCCGUGAAACGGGGACUCCCAUCUGGACAUCACGCCUGCCCCAUUGUGUUUCGGAGGAGUCCCUGGCAUGUGACAACCCAGGGUUGCCUGAGAAUGGAUACCAAAUCCUGUACAAGCGACUCUACCUGCCAGGAGAGUCUCUCACCUUCAUGUGCUAUGAAGGCUUCGAGCUCAUGGGAGAAGUAACCAUUCGAUGUAUCCUGGGACAGCCAUCCCACUGGAAUGGACCACUGCCCGUUUGUAAAGUUAAUCAAGACAGUUUUGAACAUGCUUUAGAAGUAGCAGAAGCGGCAGCAGAGUCGUCACUGGAAGGGGGCAACAUGGCGCUUGCCAUCUUCAUCCCGGUCCUCGUCAUCUCCUUACUGCUAGGAGGAGCCUACAUUUACAUCACAAGAUGUCGCUAUUACUCUAACCUCCGCCUGCCCCUGAUGUAUUCCCACCCCUACAGCCAGAUCACCGUGGAAACCGAGUUUGACAACCCCAUUUACGAGACAGGGGAAACCAGAGAGUAUGAGGUUUCCAUCUAACGAGAGCUACACUUGAGAAGGGAACUUACGGAUAUGAACUCAACGACAACCUCCUCGAGACAUUCAUCCAGAGGCCAUGUGGCAUUUGAUGGAAACCCCAGAGUGUCAGCUGUCUUUUCUUUAGACUCUUUAUUGAAGAUUUACUGUUUUCUUCACUGUAUUUAUUAUAUUUAAAAUUGAAAUAGGUGUGGUUUGAUGUAUUGUGGCUGCAGCCAAAUUCAUGUGACAUCCUCAUAUCUGAAGGCAGGUGGAAGAUUUGCAAAAUGGCAGACAGCAACACACACACACAUGCACGCACACACGCGCGCACACACACACACCCCAGAUUGGCUUCUCCCACCAGCAAUGCUAUGCUAAGGCUGCCUCAAAUUGCAUGCAUCUUCAGGAUCCAUGCCCAUGGCGUUUUUAGUACAAAAUCUAAGUCCCAAGAUUAGGUUGGAAAGGAUCUCUUGUUGGAUUAACUUGGGUUGGAAUUUCGCAUGGGUACUGAAGCCCAUUUUUAGAGGUCUGCUUCAAAAUAAAUUCUGUGUCCUCUCUUCCAAUUUUACCAGCUUCUAAAAGGUCUUGCCACAUCCACUCCUUUCCAUGGUCCUUCUGAAAGCAGCAAAGGUAUCACAUCAUUGUCUUUUACCACCCUGGCCUCCCUGGAUGCUGACAAAAUAGGAAAAUAUUUUCUUUCUAAAGAGGUGAUAAAUGACAAAGGAAAUUUUUCAGAGAAGAUGAGAGAUUUGAGAGUUCCAAUGAAGAACUGGGUGAGGGGGAAUGUUGGGUAAGGGAAUUGAGUUAAUAAAAUGUUCUUUUCUUCAACACUCCUUCAAUGGUGAAAGAGCAGGUAAUUUAUGCUACAAGUGCCAGAACUGAUCACCUUGUUCAGCAGACCACCCUCAGGCUGUGAUAAUAAAUCCUUAGGCUCGGGACCCACGGGCAGUUUUGCUCAUAUCGUUAUAAGGGUUUGUGUUGGGAGGAAGGAGGUGUCCCAUCUGGAAUCCACGGGUAGGCUCUGUUUUUCUCCUGGGGUUCUGGAAUGUCUUAGCCCUCAAAAUAGGAGAGACUCUAGUGCACUGUUUCUCUGAAAGAGAAUAGAAUUCAGAAUAUACUUGCAAUCCAGUAUUUCAGGGGGAGGGAGGGUCCUAUGAGAAGAAACUACUUUUUUAUUCUCUGAAGCUCUGUCUGGGUGACGGAUGGUGCUUUGAAUGCUGACAGUGGAGGUGCAAAGAACAAGAGCAGGGGAUUUAAAAUCGCAGCAAAACGUACAAUAGAAUCCGCACCAUCCAAUCUGAACAUCAGUGAGGACAGGAGGAAGAAUUUCAGGUCAAAAAGGAAGUCAUAGCACCACAUCUAAUAAUAUGGGUAUCCUUGUAUUUUAUCAGGGUCCUUUUGUCCCAACCCAGUGGGACUAGGAGUGUGUGGUACUUUGAAAGAUUCUUUUUAAAAUACAGUCAUGCACUAAAUAACGACGUUCGGUCAACCAUGGAUCACAUAUAUGACGGUGGUCCCAUAAGAUUAUAAUAGCUGUACUAUAUAGCCUAGGUGUGUAGUAAGUACAGCCUAGGUUGGAGUAAGUAUAUACUCUGUGAGGUUCACACAAUGACAGAAUUGCCUAAUGACACAUUUCCCAGGAUGCUUCCCUAUUGUUAAAUGACUCAUGACUGUACAGGUAUAAAGGCAGAGGUGAGGGUGAGUGGGAGGGAUUGUACAUGGGAGGCAGAGUCACCUCCCUGGGACCACGUGGUGACGGCCGAUGGCUCAGACAGCUACACAGGCUCAGUGGCUUUUGGAGCCCUCUUGGUGCCCUUUUCAUGCUCUUUGGAAUUGUUUUAAAUCUGCUGGUUUUCAAACAAACAAAAAAGAAAGAACUUUCUGACCACCGUGCCAUAGGGAGAAUGGUUAAGAGCCUAUUUGGGGGUCGUUCUUUUGGAAAUGUCUUGAGCAGGGUAGGGAAGUUGGCUUUUUGCACACUUAUCCUCCCGUCCCACCAGGAGCUCGCACCUCAAGCUUGGGGGUCUGAGGCUGGAUUAUUUUCCUUCUGCCAGACAAGAAUCCUGCAUACGUGCUCCUGAAGGCUUGCAUUUGUGGUGCACGGCAAGAAAUAGCUAGAAGGCUUAUUCCCAGACACCUGAGCCCACCUCCAUUUUAUGAAAGAAUCAGAGAGGAAGGUUCCAGGCCAUUAGUGAACAAUAUGAUGCUUGGAGAAAGACAACAAAUGUUUGGUUUUAUUUCUAUUUGAUGCUUACUCUAACCCUAACCCUGCCUGGGUCAUCUUGAAAGAAGAACUCUAUUAAUGAUAUUUGAUUUCAGAACAUACUAUGGUUGUGUAAAAACUAAACGUUUGCCUUUUGUAAAGACUGACAAAAUAUAAAAUCUUUAUUCUAACCCUGCUCCCUGAAACUGGGCAGGCCAUGGCCCAGGUAUUCUUAUUGCCUAUUGGAAGGAUAGAAAAGGUGUUGAUUUUUCUUUUUUUUUUUUCAGGAAAUUAAUGUCUUAGUUUCAUCUUAGUAGUUCGGUACCUGUAACCGUGUUUUAGAAGUUUGUUUUAGCCUUGAGAUGGAUUAUGCAAGUCCGGCAAUGUACAGUGUGGUUGAAAAGUCAGGUUGGUGUCUAUUUUUCUUUUUAAAAUAUCUGAAUGUGUAUUUGUAAUAUGUAAAGGUAAAAAAAAAAAAUAAUAGUGCCAAAAAUGUACCAGGCAUCUUAUUUCAGUUCAUGUAUGUCUGUUUUUAUAAGAUCAAUAUUAAAACACAUUGGGAUUAAAUAUUUUUGAACAGGAUACGCUCUUGAGAAACUCGAGAACAGACGGAGCCUUCCUACAAGCCACUUUUUGUUUUUAAAACAGUGGGGAAAUACGUUUACAGAGAUUUUGAGCUUCGGAGAAUGCAUGUGAUAGUGUGUAUUACAUGCUAAUUCAUGUAAGCUGUAUCUGUCAGCUACUACCCUGUGCUUUAAAAAUGCAUACAACAACCCUCUUCAGCUUGAAGCUCAGCUUUUUUUUUUUUUUUUGGUAGAAUUAUUUAGCUAACAUAAAUAUUCAGUUUGCUACCUGAUGGCCAUCUUUACUUAGUUCCAUAGCUGUCCUUUAACUGUGAUCUUUUGAAGCUAACUCCUUGGAGAGCCUAUAGAACCUCAGGCUGAUACCUUUGAAAACUGCCAAGCAGCCCAGAAGGAAACCAGGUGGCUACAUAAUCAGAAUGGUUGUAUAAAAGGAUGUCAUUUGGCAAAUAUGCAGGUAGCUUUACUGAGCCAUGAGCCUCAGACAAAAGUGACCUUUCCUUGGGGUAAAUCCACAGGGCAUGACCUUCCUAAGUCUUCAACUAGGCAUGGUGGGUCAUUUGAGUUCAGACAUUAUUGAGCUGUUAGGGCCCCCAAAGGUAGGCUUUCUCCAGGGAAACUUUCAUUUCCUUUUUAUCGCCAAACAGAAUAAAAUGCAAAACAAACUUUCUAAGCUAGAAUAAUGAAAUUAAGUCAUUUUCCACUUUGUAUAUAUUGAUGCUAAUAAAACAAAUAAAAACAGA